AUGCCUACAGCUUAUGAACUCCUAGACAAACUGGAUCAGUUUAGCUGGGAUCAGAGUAAGUACAAUAUUUAUAUGAUUUUUAUUCAUUUAGAUUUCCACGGACAUGAUCUCUCUGGCAUGAUACCUCUCCAGCCAUGUUUGGCGCAGAUGAACGGGCCAUGUACCUCAAAACAUUUGCCGGAGAAUGUGAUUCCUUUCUGUGGCAAUCGAUAUGCUGAAGUAAAUCCCGAUGAUUUUGGUCAUGCAAUUAAGAUCGGGCCGGAGAAACUGAUGCCUCAACAGCGACUGCAUUUCCUUAACAAUUAUUACACGCCUCCAAAACCUCCGCUACAUGAAUGGCCGUAUGAAACUAGGAUUCUAAACGGAAAAAAGAUUGUCAGAAGAUUGAAUCCGAGUUUCACGGAAAGAACGGAUUGCAACUCCAUGGUCUAUUCGCCAAUGUAUAAGGGGCUCUUUUGUCGGUAAGUGGUUCUCUCUAAAAUUAACUUUCAAGUUAGGUAUUGUUCCCUCUUUCCUCCGAGUAAAGCCCAAAGUGCAAAUGCUGCUUUCAUCAAAAAACCUUUUAUAAGAUUCUCGCACAUGUUCGGUAACGGAGGCGCUGUGAAGAAGCAUAUCAACAGGAAAUAUCACCAAGAAGCGGAGGGUAGAGUCAAACUGUUCCUCCAACGAAUUGGGGCCCAACUUCAACCGAAUCAUCGAUGA